AUGUACUUAGCAUACUUCCAUAUAUUCAAUUUCAAGUCUUUAAAGGAAAUAGCAAGUACAGCAUCCACGCGAAACGCUGCUGGAAGCCGGAGGGGCGGGGCGGUGACGUCACGACGUCGGCGCGUCGGGGAACGGCGGCAGCUGCGGCGCCGGCGGUGGCUGCGGCAGCGGCGGCAUUUUAGUCGGCGGCGGCGGCGGGCGGACGACGCCCGAAGAAAAUCCGAGCCCCUACCUCAGCCGCCGCUCGCCCUCCUUGCUGACCACAAGCCUGCCGCGAAGCCGCCCGCCGCCGACGCGCUGGCCAACCCCCUGCAGCUCACCCCCAUGAACAGUCUGGCCACCUCCGUGUUCAGCAUAGCCAUCCCCGUGGACGGCGAUGACGACAGAAUUUUUUUUAGAAUUCAGCAUCGGAGGAGGAAUGUGACAUAAUAAUGAUCGAAAGCCGAAAGUUUAAAAGUUGUGAUGCCCUCACAUGGUUGGAGGGUUAUUCUAGCUUCUAAGGACUGAAUGUUGUCCACAAGAGUGUC